GACAGCCCAAGCAGCUACGAGUUGGCGAAGCGGACCGGCGAGGCCGUGACCCAGGCCUACGCUCGGGUCGGAGCCGUCAGCAAAGAGUUCGCGGAAAAGCGACUCGGGCCUCUGCCGAUGAUCUGGAGAAGCUGCCAAGGAGUGGCUGCCAGGAUUGUAAACUCGCAGACCGCAGGCAUCUUCUUCGCGAUGGUGGUCCUGACCAACUCCGUCUAUCUUGGUGUCCAUCUUUCCUGGAGCUCACAGAACCCAGAGCAGACCUCUAAUUCGGUGUUCCUGACCGUGCACAUAGCAUAUUCAGUUCUCUUCACGCUGGAGGCAGUGCUUCAUUUUGUCGCUGUCGGGCCUUCCGCCUAUAUUUGCGGCAGCAGUUGGGCCUGGAACUGGUUGGAUUUGUUCGUUGUUACUUCCUCUUGGAUCGAGCUGGCGGUUGAUAUCGUGUCCCCAGACCACGAGACUCUUGGAGCCAACAGCAACCUCCGAAUCAUGAGGCUGCUUCGCCUAGGCCGGUUGGUUCGUGUCGUGCGAAUCGUCCGAGUGGUGAAGCUCUUCCGCGCACUACGAACGCUUGUGUACUCGCUCCUGGGGACACUGAAGUCACUGUUCUGGUCCUUCUUGCUCUUGAUCCUGAUCAUCUACAUCUUUGGUAUCCUCUUCACCGAUGUUGUUCUUAACCAUCUCUGGGAAGAGGGAAGAACCGCUGAAAGCGAAAACGUGCAACAAUACUUCGGCACACUCUAUGCAUCCAUCAUCACGCUCUUCAGGUCGAUCUCCAAUGGCAUCACGUGGGAAAAAGCUGCCAACUCCCUGGAGCCCAUCAGCACCUUCUGGGUCCAAGUGUUUCACUUUUACGUCGCAUUUUGCAGCUUUGCGCUUCUCAAU